AUGACUCCUAUACCCUUAAUCGAUCAAAUACGUGCUCUACGGAAAUUAAAAAUGGUUCAAUCAAUUCGAAAAAAAUUUAAAAAAUAUUGGAAUACAAUUAUCAAUCAACAAUAUAAAAGUGGUGUACUUCAUAUUGGUUCUGCUGCUGAUUAUGAGCGAAAAGCAGUUGAAUAUCGACGAACAACAGGUGCCUACCAAGUAUUAACUUCGAAUCCAUUCGAUGAUACCAUAUGUACUGUAACACGUUUACUUAAUCAAUUAAAAUCCUUGAAUCGAAUACGUGAAUGGCAUCGAAAAGGUACACCACUUCGACCUAUUUUAAAUACCAUUCAUGCAGCUACAAAGCAAAUUUCUCAAUUCUUAGAUCGAUUAAUUCGAUCCUUAUUCGAUCGAUUUGUACGUCAAACAACGUUUGUCGAUGGUGCUGAUCUUCUUGAUCAACUUCAAAAAUAUAUUCAGAAAGGUUAUUUUAAAUCAUUGACUCUUUUGAUUACUUUUGAUAUUACGAAUCUUUAUACCAUGUUACAACAAGAAGAAUCCUUAGCUUUACUUGCUGAAUUUAUUCGUGAACAUAAUUGUGUCAGAGUAAAUGGUCUUUCAAUUGAUACGAUUAUCGAAUUAGCUCGUGU